ACGUCCGGCUGUGCAGCCCAGCGGCCUGCAGGAGAGGAGGGGGGCCCUUGGCCCUGGGAGGCGGCCCCUACUCCGCAGAGCCUCCCGGCCCCCAAGGACCUGUGCCGGAGGAAGAGGAAGGGGCCGAAGCAGAAGGGCCUCCGACGGGGCCUCUCCGUCUUGUACCACCUGGAGGAGGUGAAGAGGCGGCAAAGCAACAUCGACAAGCAGAAAGCGGCCCAGGAGAUGGGGGCCCUGCCCCAGCUCUGCCCCCAAAGGAACGGGACGGCCGGGGACCUGCCUGCGCCCCUGCGGAGCCCCGCCCGGACGCCGGAGCCCUACGCCAGGCCCUUCCUGGGCAGAGGCACCAGUGCCCAGCUCCUCCUCCACCCGCAGUGGAACCCCAACCUGAGGGAGCCCCUGAGGUUCCCCGAAGAAAGCCCCCUGGCCUUCUACGCGGUGGCCGCCCACCACCGCUCUCCCUGCGGAGGAAGCGCUCAGCUGUGGCCGGAGGAAUGACCGUGGCCGGGCGGACGGCGGGGGUCAGCCUUGCCCAGUCGGGUUCCCUUCAGGGGUGGAGGGGUGAGGUGUUGUGUUGGCCAGGGUGGGUGUGGGUGUGUGAGCGUGGCCUGUGCCAAAAGGGGUUCAGGGGUCCCUCAGUGUGUGUGUGUGUCUUCCUGGGAGCCCCCACAUGUCUCCUCUCCCCCCAAGACCAGCCCUUCUCUCCUCCAUCGCUGUUCAGGGAGGGGGGCCUUUUAUUUCCCUUUUGCAAUUCUACCAAUAUCCCCCCCCCCCCCGACUGGCAGGCCAAAGAGCGCCCCUUUCUCCUCCUCUGGGCUGCCAAUAAGCCUCCCACCACCGUGGGCAGAGGAAAGGAAGCGAAUACCAGGGGAAACUGAGGAGGGUUUCCAUAGUAAUCCUGGCUCUGGCGAAGGCCGCCUUCUUCUCUCCCUUCGGUCUCCUCCUCCUCCUCCUCCACCUGCGUGUAACGUAGGAGUAAGCUCAGCGAGAAAGAGGAGCCCCUGCCAGCCUCCUCCUUCUCAACGGAGUGGCCGUGUUUCCUGCACCCCAAAACCUCCAGGGAGACGGCUCUCCCCAGACCUCUGGCCACCUAGCUGGCCCGGUUGUGCCCCCCCCUCCCCUUUGCUCCCUGCCCUCGGGCCUCUUCCACGCCCUUAAAAGUAAACGAUAAAAAAGUGGCACAAUAUUUCCUGCCCACAGGGAGAGGCGGGCAUGGUGAGGACACGUUCUCAGAAAGUUAAAAGAGGGAGGUUUCAACCCUUGUAGUUUCAGGAUAAAUUGCUGUAAAGACAGGGAAGUUAGUUCUCGGGGGUCUGAUAAGGAAGGCUUCCGGGCCUGGCCGAAGGACUUGACCACCUAGGAGCCCACCCCGUCCUUGUUCACCAGGCCGACGGCCUCAGCCAGGUUGGCAUUUCCAAGGUGGGUUUUUGGGAGAAAACGCAGCCUUGGGCUUUCUCUUUUCCCUGAGUUAAUCCCCUCCAUGAGAAAGGGGUGGCAGAGCCGGCGUCCGUUUUCCAGAAACCAGGCCCUCCUGAACCGUGCCAGGCGGGCAUUGCCAGCGGAAAGGGGCUGGGGGGAGGCGGCUGGCAAUGCAUUUGUAAGAUUAACAGGCGUGUUUUUCACCCGCCUGGUUUCAAGGCACUGCUUGUUGAAGGCACAGCUGACGAAAUGCGGCUGAUGUUCCUUAAGGGGUGUGUGUGUAUGUAUGUGGGGGGGGGGUGAGUUUUCAGGAGAAGAAAAUGCCCCCCUCCCCCCCCAGGCUCAGCAGUGUUCAGCCGCAAAGGAGCCGCAAUUCCUAAUUCCAAGUAUUUGACACCAACUGGGACCCCCCUCAGCGGCAUAGAAAAGGGUCUCCGGACGUCGCCGAGUGAUGCUCUCUCUGGUGGUGGCUAAGUUUGCAUCUCCCCCUCUUCACCAAAUAUAUUUGUGG